GCGCAGCGAGCAUGGAGGGAGCGGAGAGCGUGGCGCGCUGAGUUCGGGUUAGAGCGCGCGUGGUCGGUCGCAUGUGGGAGCCGAUGUCACUGUCUCGUGGGCGGGUCCAUCCGACAACCUCAGACCAGUGUCAUGGCGACUCCCAUCAGUGGUGUUCACCAGGAUGCCGACCUCUGGGCCUCGCACACUAAGAUGCUGGCAGAGCCCCUGAGAGACAAUGACAUCGAGGUUUACAACAUCAUUAAGAAGGAGAGUAACCGGCAGAGGGUUGGAUUGGAGCUGAUUGCCUCAGAGAAUUUCGCCAGCCGAGCUGUUCUGGAGGCCCUGGGCUCUUGCUUAAAUAACAAAUACUCUGAGGGGUACCCAGGCCAGAGGUACUAUGGCGGGACGGAGUUCAUUGAUGAGCUGGAGCUUCUGUGCCAGAAACGGGCGCUGCAGGCUUACAACCUGGACCCCCAGUGCUGGGGGGUCAAUGUCCAGCCCUACUCAGGCUCCCCUGCCAACUUUGCGGUGUACACUGCCCUGGUGGAGCCCCACGGGCGCAUCAUGGGCCUGGACCUGCCCGACGGGGGCCACCUGACCCACGGGUUCAUGACUGACAAGAAGAAGAUCUCGGCCACAUCCAUCUUUUUUGAAUCCAUGCCUUAUAAGGUGAACCCCGACACUGGCUAUAUCAACUAUGACCAGCUGGAGCAGAAUGCCCGCCUUUUCCACCCAAAGCUGAUCAUUGCAGGUGUCAGCUGCUACUCCCGAAACCUGGACUACUCCCGUCUGAGGAAGAUUGCCGAUGAUAACGGGGCGUAUCUCAUGGCAGACAUGGCACACAUCAGUGGGCUGGUGGCAGCUGGCGUGGUGCCCUCCCCUUUUGAAUACUGCCACGUGGUGUCCACCACCACCCACAAGACUCUGCGAGGCUGCCGGGCUGGCAUGAUCUUCUACAGGAAAGGAGUGCGCAGUGUGGACCCCAAGACUGGCAAAGAGAUUCUGUACAACCUGGAGUCGCUCAUCAAUGCUGCCGUCUUCCCGGGCCUCCAGGGAGGUCCCCACAACCACGCCAUUGCUGGGGUUGCUGUGGCCCUGAAGCAAGCCAUGACUCCGGAGUUCAUAGCUUAUCAGCACCAGGUGGUGGCCAACUGCAAGGCCCUGUCCCAGGCCCUAAUGGAGCUGGGCUACAGCAUAGUGACAGGUGGUUCUGACAACCAUUUGAUCCUUGUCGAUCUCCGUUCCAAAGGCACUGAUGGUGGAAGGGCUGAGAAGGUGCUAGAAGCCUGUUCUAUUGCCUGUAACAAGAACACCUGCCCAGGUGACAAAAGUGCACUGCGGCCCAGUGGACUAAGACUGGGGACCCCAGCACUGACAUCCCGAGGAUUCUUGGAAGAAGACUUCCACCAAGUAGCCCACUUUAUCCACAGAGGGAUAGAGCUGACACUGCAGAUUCAGAAGGACAUCGGUGCCAAGGCUACCCUGAAGGAAUUCAAGGAGAAGCUAGCAGGCGAUGAGAAGCACCAGACUGCCAUCAGGGCUCUCCGGGAGGAUGUGGAGAACUUUGCUUCCCUCUUCCCUCUGCCUGGCCUGCCUGACUUCUGA